AUGAGAAAGGAUUUUCCUUUUAAACCAUUUGCUCUUUUGAAAAAUACAUAGAACUGCAGAACUACCCUAACAUAUAUUUGAACUUGUAAGAUGUCUGGCAUAGCUGUAGGAAGACUAAGUGAAGAAAGAAAAGCUUGGAGGAAAGAUCACCCAUUUGGUUUUGUAGCCAGACCAACAAAAAAUCCAGAUGGAACAUUAAAUUUAUUGAAUUGGGAAUGUGCAAUACCAGGCAAGAAAGGGACACCAUGGGAAGGAGGAUUAUACAGAUUACGAAUGUUAUUUAAAGAAGACUAUCCUAGCUCACCUCCUAAAUGUAAAUUUGAACCUCCACUAUUCCAUCCCAAUGUUUAUCCAUCAGGAACAGUUUGUCUUUCACUGCUAGACGAAGAAAAAGAUUGGAGGCCUGCAGUUACAAUAAAACAGAUUUUACUGGGAAUACAGGAAUUAUUGAAUGAACCUAACAUUAAAGAUCCAGCACAGGCAGAGGCAUAUACAAUUUAUUGUCAAAACAGAACAGAAUAUGAAAGGCGAGUAAAAGAACAAGCUUCCAGAUUCAGGGAUCCUUCAUUGUAGAACUUUUUAUUCUUGUGUAAAUUGUUUGUACAUAUUGUAAACUUAUUUUGUAAAACAAGCCUCCAUCGUUUAUUAAGAAAAUGAGUGACUAUUAAUCAUCAGAAAAUAAGUAGAACUUGAACUUUUAAUCUUCAAAUAUCUAUCUUAGAACUAAGCUGUCAUAUAUGGGUUAUAAGUGAUGAAGUUGGAAAGGAAAAAAAAAACUAUAUUGCUACUGAAGCUAUGACUAUUGAAAUAUUUUAUUAAGGAAAGAAUGCAUAUCUUAAAUCAAAAAUGAUAUACAUGAUACUUUAUGAACUCUGCGAGAGUUCAAUUAAUUCUUACAUCAUAGAAUCUCUUGUAAUGUCAUCAUGUUAAAUGUUGUAUAGCAGAUUAAAUUUCAUGAUGUA